AUGGCCUCAGCAGGGGCGGAGAGACGUUACGGGCCCCAGGAUGGGACCACCACGGGUCUGGCACUGCUGGCAGAGGCGCCCGGUGACCUAGUUCAGAGCUCCGAGUGUCCAGUGACAGGAGACCAAUGUCUAGUGCCAGCCCUUGAAACCUGCCAGACCCAGGGUGAAGAUAAGUGCCGAACAGAACCAGCCUCAGAACCAGUGCUCCAGGAGGAGAGGCUCAAGCCAGCCGUGGAGGCUAUAGAGGAGACAGGCCCCAGACCCCUAGCUUCCAUUGUGAGGCCCAGUCAUGGUCUGAAGAGAAAGCCAGUCAAGUAAGGGGCCUCCCCAGGGGCUAGUCACCAUGCCCAUCCUAGGGCCGAAGCUGAGCUGCCAUUGGGUCUGCUGCUGCAGAAGGGGGAGCCAGAAGGUAGCGAGCCCUCACCAUCCUCCAAACAGCACAAAAAACCUAAGAAGCGCAAGAGUCUGGGGGCCCCCGCACUCCCAGCUACAGUUAGCACCGUGUCUGCCUCCUCAGAGACCUUGGGGCUAGAGCGAAAGGCUCAGCGCCUUCGACCCCUGUACCAGUACAUCAACUAUUGCAACCCUGAGCUGAACCAGGCAGGGGAAGGGGGUAGGGAGGCAGAGGCCGAGGUGGAGCCCCAGUCGGAGCUGGCCCUGGUCCCCAUGGAGGCGGGUGUGGAGCAACUGCAGGCCUUGCCGCCCGUGGCAGGUGAGCUGGGCUUAGACCUUGCUUUUCCCUGCCCCAAAAUGUUAGUGCCUCCCACCCACAUUCUGGAUCCCCUGGCAGAGGAGGCUGGAGAGGAACCUGGGGGUCUGCCCAGCUUGGGGGUCAGCAGCCGGCUCACGGCCGAGGUGGAUAAAUCAAACCAGGUGGACAUCAACAAGAUGCUGAGUGUUUGUGCUGCUCCGCUUGUGCCCCCGCUCUCUCCUCAGUACAAGUGACUGUCCUGCCCCACUGGUGGCUCCCCUCCCCCCAAGCCUGAACCAGAGCAGCAGCCUCUGGGCCUAGGCCCUCAGGUGGAAGGUAGAAUUGGCCCAUGCCCCCACUUGCUGGAAACUUGGGCUUGCUGACAAUAAACAUUUUUUCAUUUUCUGAGACUGCGAGAUUACCCAGUGCCUGGUUUAAAGCCCAACGGAUCAUCUGAAUACUUGGGAACUUGACAAAAAUAGAUUCCUGGGCACCACCCCAGAUCUCACUGAAUCAGAAUCUGAGGGGUGGGGCCUGGAUUCUGUGCAGUUAAAAGCUCCUCAGGCUGACAGUGAGGGAUCAAGGGGGAAGUGACUAAGGAGGGACUUGGAGCAGAGAAAGGGUCUGUGAGGCCACAGGAAAUAGGGACUUGCCCUUGUUCCCUGUCUCCCAGGGAGGUGACCUGUAUUUGGUCUGACUUGCAUUUGUGGACCAGCACUUAGGAACCCCCCUCUGAGGUGGCACAGUUCAUACGACUGUCUGAAGAGUGGCAGACUUUGGAACACUUUCCAUUUGUUGCCAGGCCACAACUGGAACAGACCUUGCCCAAGGAGUGGCCUCUGGUGACAGCAGUGUCCAUGCCUUUUUCCUGGCAGGAAGUGGUAUAGGCAAGGAAGGAUCUCAGCCUGACAUUCUGGAGAGAUUGCUUGGGCUUCAGUGUGAAGGACAGAAUGAGGAGAAAGUUACUGGGGACAGGGAGGUGAGGAGGCUGUGAUUGUCUAGGUGAGUACAAGGCCUAGAUUUGGUUUGGAGUUGGAUAGUAAGCAACAAGUAUUUUGGAAGCGCUCACCUGGUUGCUGCUCCGAGAGAAAACUCUAAGAGGUUCAACGUAUUUUCACUGGCCUGGUAAAACCUUGUUUUACUUUGACCAGAGGAAGAGUUGGCUGACAUCCUGAUUUGGGAAAUAGGUUCUGGGAGGUGGUGAUGCCACCUUCCUCCAGUAGGGGCCACUGCAGGACAAGCCUGGAACCACAGUUGCAGGCUCAGUCACCCCUAGGGACCAGAACCCUGCUGGCUUCCUUGGCCACAGGCACGCAUGCGCGCCAUUUCAAAGCCCACCUCCUACUCCUCUGGUCAUGGAUCUAGGUUCUGGGGGUGUUUCCAGAGAACCAGGGGUGCUCAUAAAAGUGGCCCCAGGGCAUCUAGAAAUCUGCCUUGGUAAACAAAGAGCUGGCGGCAGAUUCCUCUAAAAACUUAAGUGCCAUUCUGAGUCAACAACAUGGCACUUUCUUGUGCAGAAGCAUCUGAGUCAGGCCCAAUGGAUAUC